AUGAAUAUCUUCAGGAUUCUCGCGGACUUGUCGCAUUUGGCGUCGAUAGUCAUCCUCCUCCACAAAAUGCGCGCAUCGGGGUCCUGCAGCGGCAUAUCAUUCAAGUCCCAAGCACUUUACUUCUUCGUCUACGUAACGCGGUACCUUGACAUAUUCUGGACCUUCACCGACUCCGCCUGGAACACAAUCUUCAAACUCCUCUACCUCGCCUCCUCCGGCUACACGCUGCACUUGAUGCUCAACGACUACCGCCCGACCCACGACCCGCAACUCGACACCUUCAAAGUCUCGUAUCUCCUCGCCGGCAGCGGCGUGCUAGCGCUCAUCUGGCCGGUCAAAUACAAUCCCACAGAGCUACUCUGGGCGUUUUCCAUCUGGCUGGAGAGUGUCGCGAUUCUGCCGCAGUUGUUCAUGCUGCAAAGAACGGGCGAGGCCGAGACAAUAACUACACACUACCUGGCGGCGCUGGGGUUGUAUCGCGCGUUGUAUAUUCCGAAUUGGGUGUGGCGGUAUGCGACGGAGGGAUGGUUGGAGCCCAGGAGUCUCAUCGCGGGGAUCGUGCAGACGGUGCUGUACAGUGAUUUCUUUUGGGUUUACUAUACGAACCCAGCCAAUUGGUCCAAGACUCCUACCGCGCUCAAACUAGCGAAGAGGAAGAAGCGGACAAGCAACCCCGAGCACGAAGCACUCAUGGAGGCCGCGAAGAGAAUGAUCGAGUCCGAUACGUACGACCCUACGCAGGAAGAGGCGAGUUUGAGGGUAAUCAGCCGUGCGACUGCUCGCGAGGAACGACGAAAUGAGCGAAACGAAAGAAUCGCCCGUGCGACUGCUCGCGAGGAACGACGAAAUGAGCGGAUUCGCCGGGCCAGCGAGAACGAUGUUGAGGCUGUGUCGCCGAAGAGGAAGAUAUCAAAGCUUCUUGACGCUGUAUUCUUGCGGCGAGAGCUCGGGCUUGUGAGCGAGAGUCCGGACGCCGAGGGUACGCGGACGGCUGCGCAGGCCAGCUGA